AUGAAUGAGGCCGAACCAUCUGUCGCGGUGGCCGAGCAGUCCCGACGAUCUGCCUGCGAUCGUUGUCGGGGCCAGAAACUACGCUGUGAGCGGCCAGUGUCCAACUCGAGUAUGGCUCCAUGUCGUCGUUGCCUCAAAGCUCAUGUUCGCUGUGUGACAAUCAUGUCUCAACUGCAUCGGACGAAACCACCCACUUCUCUUCAAUCCCUGCACCACACGGAGUCCAGCUAUGAUCCUCAUGCGGCCACUGUUGCGGGACAACCCCCCGUGACUGCUGCUGAUCUAGGAGACUCGGAUCCUAACUUGCUGGAUAUGACUGGUGCGCAGAAUCCUCGUCGUCCCUCACAUUCCCCGAGCAUGGAAAACCCGUGGGAUUCGCGGCCAGCCAAUCACACACGGCAGUUGUCCAAUCCUGAUCCAUUUCCUCACUCUCCUUUACAUUCGAAUGGCGUGCUGGAUACAGACGGGACACCGUUGCUGGACUCCAUUGACCACCUGCCAGAUAUGACUGCCAGUCGUGGCUUUGGGUACAGUGCCGCACUCACUCCACAAUCUCCUUCAGGGGGCUUAGAAUUCUUCGACUACUUUCGUCCGAUGGCUGAGGACAACAAUCGGUCGUCAUGGAUGGACGCCUUCACACAUCUUCCCCCAGAUCACCGGGAGGGGACUCCAGCGGGUAGGAAUUACCAUGGAUCCCUGGCAGGAGGGAACCGGUUCCGAUCCUCACUGCAGUCUUUUGGCGACUUGAACGAGUUUGAGACGCCCCAGCGCGAGUCCCGCCAUCGCGAGAUGGACAUUGUGAACAUCAAAAACGAAUGCAUUGCGCGAAUGGGCAAGUUGAAUCGCGCCCUGCUGCAAGACGUUGGGCUGGUCACCUCGGGCAAAGUGGCAGGAACUCUGCUUUUCUCGCAAGCCUCCCGCUCAGCUUAUCUGGAGGUCGAGAAGGGCCGCCAGGGUGGCCACAACUACGUGAUCGGAAAGAUGCUCCACAGCUCCAAGGAGCUCCUCGACAUCCUCAAGCAGCUGGAGCGAUGUAAAGGCACCUUGUUUCCGCCGGGAUCCACCGAGCCCACCACUCACACAGCAGACGAGACAACGACUGCGACGGUUGAGACAACCAUGCUGAACCAGACUGGCUCCCAUGCCCCUUCUUCACCCUUGGGAGGCAAUCCCCUCCCACCACUGCCGGGACCUUCAUCGGCCUCAGACUCUCAUUCCGCUUCUCGCGCCUCCUCCUCUUCCUCUGCCUCUGCAUCCGGGGCCUCCCUCUCCUCCUCCCACUCCGACCCCAGCACCUGCCCUGCCAACUCCUUGCAACUCGACACCACCCUCACCCUCCUCUUCCUCACCGGUUACACCAGCGUGAUUCAGCUCUACGAGGGCGUCUUCUCCUUCAUCCACGACUCGGUAGUCGCCAACCCCUCGGGUUCCAACUUCCUGCCGACCCUGCCGAACCUCCAGGUUGACGGGUUCGAGGUCGGCAGCAGCACACGCGACCUGCAAAUCUGCAUUCUGCUCCAGGUGAGCACACACAUGCUGAACCAGAUCGAAGAGCGGCUGCACGCCAUCCGCGACCGCACGGAGGGCCAUAUCCCCGCCGCACUUUUGGACACGAUCCUAGAUCGGAGCGAUCCGUCGCGGCGCGGGGGCAAGGGGAAGGAGUUGUGUCGGAUCGUGCGGGAUAUCAAGGAGCGUUUGAGGAAUUAUACAGAGUAA